UAUUGAUACAGUUAAAAGGCAAUACCGUGGGUGGGUCGAUGCCGCUUAAUUCUCGGCAAUGUCGCUCUCCGACGCCCGAGAUUGAACCUGUAGCCUUAAGCCACGCUCCCUUUUCAUCUCCAAAUCCCCUCUCUUUCUCUUUUUCCCAAUUUUCCCUUAUUCUUCUUCUUCCCUCUUCACACCAAUGACAGCUUCCCAGCUCCAAAACCCAGCUGCAACACACAGACAGAGCCACACGCACCCCCCUUCCCACCCAUCAUCAGGAAACGAUUUGCUAAAGAAAUUGGACUUCGAUUGUUCUUGUUUGCUGGUCUCAGCUUCUACUAGUCCAAUCUGUAAAUGAUAUUCAUUUCAUAUUUGUGAUUGUAUAGGCUGCAAUUGAACAAACACAUAUAGAUAGAGGGAUUAUUUUUCUGUAGAAAUCGGUGGACUUUGGUAGUUUCCGGUUUGGUGAUCGGAUCAUAGAAAAAUACUGCAUCAGUAAACGGAGGAAGAUGUACAGGGUUUAUGAACUUGAUCGUGAUUUGCCAAGAAAGUUAUUUUAAUGGAAAAGAUAGCUUCUUGAUGACUGUGGAAAAGAAGUAUUGGAGUUGAGGCUUGCUGGUAUGAAGAGUGACUUGUAUGCCUGUUCUUAAUUUGCCAAUUUGAGGAUAGGGGGUUAUAGGAGCUCAGGUAGCUGAGUCACCGUUCUUAUGCAGCUAAGCAGGUCCGAGCAUUUUUUUGAUACCAUGACCAAUGAGGUGCCUGGCCCAUCAGGUCAAUGGAUCCAGAAAGAAGCAACCUUAGUUGUUCCAAACAAGGUUAAGAAUGUACACAAUCAUGUCUCUGUACAGACAGGGGAGGAAUUUUCCAUGGAGUUUCUUCAGGAUCGUUUUGCAGCGACAAGAGUUCCUGCUGUGACUGAUACGGUUGAGAAUUGUGAAAAUAAGGUUGGAUUGAAUUAUAAUCAGAAUUAUCAGCUGGGCUAUCAGGAUCUUACUGGUAUUCUGGGGUUGAGGAGGACGGAUUCUGAGUGUGCAUCUGAUACAUCUGAUUUUGUCUCGGCGAAAGGGUCGUGUAAAGAGAUUGAAAACAACGUUUGUGUUGACAAGUUAAGCAGAUGCAACAGGGAGGAAGUUGAUAGCAGACAAGGAUCAAGGAAGGCUUUUGGAGAACUGAAUUUUGACCGGGCUGGUUUUGGACCAACUACCCUGCCUAUUUAUAUGUCUGAGUCCCCUCAUUCCAACAACCUUAAUGGGUCAGGAGUGUUGGAUGGUUCUCAAUCUGGGAAGAUGAAAUUUCUUUGCAGCUUUGGUGGAAAAAUUUUGCCCAGGCCUAGCGAUGGGAAACUCAGGUAUGUUGGGGGGGAGACACGGAUUAUUUCCUUCAGGAAGAAUAUCUCGUGGGAAGAGCUUGUGGAAAAAACUUCUGGUUUUUGCAACCAACCUCAUACGAUCAAGUACCAGCUCCCAAGUGAGGAUCUUGAUGCUCUUAUAUCUGUGUCAUCUGAUGAGGAUCUUCAAAAUAUGAUAGAGGAGUACCAUGGUCUUGAAAGGCAUGAGGGUUCUCAGAGACCACGGAUCUUUUUGAUUCCUUUAGGUGAAUCUGAAAAUACAUCUUCCUUUGAGGCAGAUAGCAUACAACAAAGCAACCCUGAUUAUCAAUAUGUUGCUGCUGUAAAUGGCAUGAUAGAUCCUAGUCCUAGGAAAAACGGUGGAGGGCAGAAUUUGACUGAAGCAAGUCAACAGGGAACCAAGACUUUGCUAUUUCCUAUGGAGAUUAAGAGUGAUUCUAAAGUCUUGCAUCCUAAUCAGAUUUUGAGUGAAUCCCAGAAUAUGGCUAGGUCUGCCAUUCAAUCUCCUUCUUUUUCUCCAAUUACACAUCAACGAGGUGAUUCCAACAGUGUUCAUUUACAAUCACGUGGUGUUAACUCAUGCCAGGGUAGUAAUGAGAGCAGCAGUUCUUUUGUUAGUUCUCAACCACCACCAGAGAACUCCAGCAUCAGCGCUGCAGGUUAUAAAAAUCAUCCACUGGGGACAGUAACUUUUAUGGAACCUGGCCAACACUAUGGAGGACAUAGUAACAACCGCAAUCCCAGCAAAGAUGCCACAUCUGCUUUAGCUUUUGGUCAAAAUGAAGGUGAUUUUGAUGGAUUUUCUCAUGAGAGGCCAGUCUAUAAGGAAACAUUAACUCCUCCUGACAGGCCUAUCUCACACCCAGAACAUCCAAAGGUUAUGUUGUCAGGAUCUAAUGAUUCCACUGAUUGUCAUCAUGGCAUACCACAUGCAUUUUCUGAUUCAAAACUGCAAGAGAAUGGAGGGAGGUCUAUAUACUGUUCACAAGAAGGCAUGAGCCCAUCUUCCCCAUUAAACUUCCCAAAAGCUCAAUUGUCAUUGCUGCUGAACUCAGGUGCCUCACAAGAAAAGCCAACCCAACUGCAUGACAAUAUCGAAUCUUUCAAUCCUCAGCUGCAAAAUCAGUUACAUGGUAUGGAGUCGAUUGGAUUGCAGAGAAGACUGGAUUUGCCAAAUUCUUCUCCAUGUUUAGAAUCUUUGGGCAGGAAUGAACAUGCUCCCAAAGGUAAUGGUGAUAUUCCUGACAAAUACUGGACAUCUAAAAAGAAAGAUUCUUUGCCUUCGGAACUGACAAAGAAGUUCAAUGAAAAGGAUCCCUUCCUUCAUCAAGAUGAGACCCUUUAUGGGACAAGAUCACCUGCCACUGGUGUUGAGUAUCGGAAUGGAUUGCCUAAUAUAAAUCCCAACCCAACAUCUAGUUUUAUGUCUGGGGUUGUCAUUCCUGCAGCCAUUAGUUUGAAACCUUCGGUAGAUAACAAGAUGGAGGAACCUAAGAACUUCCAACAUGACAAAACCCCUGUAAAUAUUCUUGUCACGAGCCAAAGAACUGCCAAUGAUCAGGAUUGUGCUUUGACAGGGACUGCAAAUGGUGAACAAGGACAGGAUGUUUCAGGGGUCAGGAAUUCUGAAGUUGCAGGAUUAUUUCCAAGUACUAGACAGCAUUCUCGCAAUGAAAAUUCUUUGGCAGAUCUCAUCUCAGGGUUGUCCGAUGGCCCAAACUACCAUGAACCUGCACGUCUGCAACUUGUUGCAAGUCAAAAGGAUAUAGGUUUCCAAGAACCCCUGCUAAUACACUCUGCAAAGAUGUACCCGUUGACAGUUCUUGAUGACCCUGAGUUGCAAGACAGUGACCAUAGGGUGUUGCAGAACCCAAUCCAAGAUGCUGCAUUUAAAAGAGGGGUCUCUCUCAUUGAUGAUGACUUUGUAAAUUGCCCUGAUGAGAAUGCUGAGAAGUUGAGCUCGAAUGUUGUUGAAAAUGUUGCUCUGAGACAACCAAAACCCCUAACAGUGAGUAAUGAUAAAAAGCAGUUGGAGUCAGUGAUAAUUGUGGAAGACGUAACUGACACUAUUACUCCUGGCAUCCAGUUUUCAUCAGUAGUUUCCCCAUAUUCUGUGGAUGAACCCAUUGGUGAUCUCAUAUCCCCUAUUGCAACAGAGGUGGAGAGCAUCAUUCCAGAGUCUGAAUAUGAGGAUGAUAGGGCUGGUGAGGGAGACAAGAAUGAAUCAUUUAGUGACGCAAUGAUAGCUGAAAUGGAAGCCAGCAUCUAUGGCUUGCAGAUUAUAAAAAAUGCUGAUCUGGAAGAAUUACGGGAAUUAGGAUCUGGUACAUAUGGAACUGUUUAUCAUGGAAAAUGGCGGGGAACAGAUGUUGCGAUCAAGCGAAUUAAAAAGAGCUGUUUUGCAGGGAGAUCAUCAGAGCAAGACCGACUGACAAAAGACUUCUGGAGAGAGGCGCAGAUCCUUUCAAAUCUCCAUCAUCCAAAUGUGGUUGCAUUCUAUGGGGUAGUACCUGAUGGAGCUGGUGGGACGUUGGCAACUGUAGCUGAAUUCAUGGUCAAUGGGUCACUUAGGCAUGCGCUACUUAAGAAGGAUAGAUCACUUGACCGUCGUAGAAAGCUUAUAAUUGCAAUGGAUGCAGCUUUCGGCAUGGAAUACUUGCAUUCAAAGAAUAUUGUCCAUUUUGAUUUGAAGUGUGACAAUCUGCUAGUCAACUUGAGGGAUUCUCAACGACCUAUAUGCAAGGUUGGAGAUUUUGGUUUAUCGAGAAUCAAACGCAAUACUUUGGUAUCUGGUGGUGUGCGAGGAACUCUUCCUUGGAUGGCACCAGAAUUAUUAAAUGGUAGCAGCAGCCGGGUUUCUGAGAAGGUUGAUGUGUUCUCAUUUGGAAUUUCAAUGUGGGAGAUCUUGACUGGGGAGGAACCAUAUGCGAAUAUGCAUUGUGGUGCCAUCAUUGGGGGAAUCGUGAAGAACACUCUUCGACCUCCUAUUCCAGAACGUUGUGAUUCCGAGUGGAGGAAUCUGAUGGAACAGUGCUGGUCACCUGAUCCUGAAAUCCGGCCAUCAUUCACUGAGAUAACUAACAGAUUGCGAGCUAUGUCUAAUGCACUUCAGGCAAAGGUACCUCAGAAUCAGACAAGACAUAUGAAGCCCAACGUUUGACAUUCUUCAGGUACUGGGUUUCUCUAGUAUCUCCAGUGGAAACCCUCGUGGUUGAGGAACAAAACUUUGAGGCUGAUCAGUUUAUCCUCACAAUUUGAUGGUCUAUUGAUUCGUUCUUCUGUUGAUAAAGAGAUCAUAUUUUUUUAUUCUUUUGUAAAAGAAACACCGGGUCAUACUAGCAUGCAAGCAAGAGACCAUCUACAGUUUUCUGCUAAGUUUGGUGUCCAUGUUUUUGGCUGGAGAAACGUUUGUCCAUAUGUAUAUACACAGAAAUUCAUAGAGCUUUGGUUUA